AAUUAUCAACCAAAAACAUCAAGUUCAAGUGUAUCUAGUAUGGAACUAGAAAAUAAUAACAAAACUAAUAAUAAAGAUAUUGUCAAAACCAAUAUGUUGGGACAAGUAGAAUAUUAUUCACCAGGUCAAACAAAACUAGGAGUAAUAUUUAUGAAUCCAGAAACAAUCUAA